UGGUCACCAUGCCGUGUGAAGGAGAGCCGAGCGAGGAGAGCUAUUCUAAACACUGCGUGUCCUGGGUUAAAUCCUACCGGGACAGGAUCAGAGGGAUUUUUCCCUCCAAAAGGAAGACGCUGACCAUCUCCACCGAUGACCCGUCCUACACCGUGCUCUACCUGGGCAGCUCCACCACGCUGCAGGCCAAAGGAGCCGGCUGCACCAACGCUGCGGUCAGUAAGAUCUGGAGGAAGAGCGAAAUGGGCAGGAACGGCUGCAGGAUGCUGCUGACCGUCGGAGCUCAGGGCAUUCGGAUGGAGCACACGGGCGAAAAACGAGCCAAACAGAAGCCGGGUCACCUGUACCUGCUGCACAGGGUCACCUACUGUGCUGCGGACCCCUCGCUGCCCCGAGUGCUGACCUGGGUCUACCGGCACCAGAUAAAACACAAAGCUGUGACGCUGCGCUGCCACGCCGCUCUGCUGACCAAAGCAGACCAGGCCAAAGCCACGGAGAACCUGCUGAACCGGACGCUGAUGACCGCCCUGACUGAGUUCCAGAGGCUCAAACGCAGGCAGGAUGCCAAAAGGCAGCAGCUGCAGCAGGCUGGACACGGAACCGUCCCACUGGUGCCCACCAGGAAGAUCCUGAACGGACAGAGUUCGUACAGACCGCCGGCCCCAAACGGCCGCAGCCACAGUGGUCAGAAGCUCUGCUCCAUCACCGAGGAUUCUGUGGGGGAGGAGGAGGAGGAGCGAAACACUGUGUUCCACAGCUACCUGGACGAGGAGUGUUCAGAUGAGGAAGGUGAUGAGGAAGUGUACUUGAUCAUCAGUGACCUUCAGGAACUGGACCUUCAAAACGAAGUGACGUCCCUGAACGAGAGCUGUGGACAAAGCACGAGCAGCCAGUCCAGCGAAGAGGUCAGCGAUGAGGAGGCACCGGACACACCUGGACGCCCAGGUUCAUACCUGUACAGACUGGUUAUCUCACCUGUACAGACCAGAUAGCACACCUGAACUGGACAGACACCUGUGGACAGAUUAGCACACCUGAGUGUUUGAUCAGAGCCUUGUUCUGAAACCUGUGCCUCGUUAGUUUUUAGCAGCUCUAUUUUAAUUGGAUAAAUCAUGACGUUCCCAAAUGUUUUACUGGAUUUACAUAGAUCAGUCAGUUCAGUCUGUUUUUGCCAGCACAGUCUUUAGGUGACCCCUAUAUGGUCCACUCUCUGGAUGUCUGUCUGCUCCCAGCACCCCUUCGCCAGGUAUUCUGUUCUAGGUAGCUCAGUUCUGGUGUGCUGGGAGCAGCAGUAGAGCGUGAACCGUGUGCAGGGCUGGGCUGGGGAUGCUGUGGCUGAGCCGCUCUCCACUGAGGUGGUCCUGAAUGCAGUGUUUAUGUCUUGAUUUGUGUGAAUAUUAAUGAUAUAGACUAAUUAAUAUUUGCUGUGUAAACGUCUGAGCGUCUGUGAGUGUUUGUUGCUGUGAACAGACAGGUGUUAAUCCUGCGUUAGACGCAGUGACAGC